UUGACUUGAUCAUCCACAAUCAAAUCGAAAGUUACGACUAAUCACUUGAUGAUAGUUUCCAUUUCAUGUUUGAUCACCGAACUAGAACUGAAACAUCAGAAUGGAACUUCUUAGCUUUUCUUUUAUUUACAUGAGCUUUUGUUCUUUGGUCAUUUUGUAAUUUAGAAAAAUCAUCUAAUUAAACUUCAUUAUCGAUAAACAUUUAGAUUGAAAUAUGGUGACCCUGAACUUAUUAUGCAAGGCUAUCGUUCUGAUUACACCUUUUACGAACUAGGUGUAAGUAACACCCCCAUUGACUUUCUACCUUGGCUAAAAUCUUUGGGAUUUUAUCGAGAAAGUCUAGAUAAGUUGAAGAGUACCACAGGCACAGCAAUGAAAUGGGUGGACGAUUUCUUGGUAAAACCACGUAUAGCUCAGCUCGAAAAAACUCGUAAAGAAGGAAUGGAAGACUUGGACGGUAAUGAUUCGAAGAUGUUUUUAGACCAAAUGCUCGAAUACUAUUACGAGAAUCCAAAGGAGUUCUGUUAUUCCCAUGUAGUGUACUCUUUAAGUGAUUUAAUUGGAGCUUCCAGUGCGAUAUCUAAUCUUAUCAUGAAUAUCAUUGGUCAUUUAGCUAUGGAUGAAGAAGUACAAGAAGAAAUAUACCAACAAAUCGAGGCCACUGCUCGUCAACAUAAAACUGAUACUAUAACCUUGAACUUCAAGGCUUGAAGCACCAACCUCACAUCCCACGACGUCGUCAUGGUGUGGUCGACGCUUGCGUUCAUGAAGCUCUGAGAUUCGCAUCUUCACCAAUCGUCCCUCAUGUAUCAACUGAAGACACAACAAUCGGAGGUUACUUUGUACCAAAAGGAACAAUGAUUUACUUCAACAGUUGGCCGUUGAACUUUUCUACCAAAUUCUACACUAAACCAGAACAAUUCCUUCCUUCUCGAUUCGUAUGCCCUUCGGACGAUAAUAAUAACAAGACAAUAAAGUUAAAAAAGCCCGAAGUUCUAAUACCUUUUUCGAUUGGUCAUCGAACGUGCCUUGGAUUCAAGAUGGUCAGAUACGUUUCGUUUAGUUUUAUGAGUAACCUUUUGCUCCGAUAUAAGAUCGCACCAGAGGAUUCAGUCGAUACAGUAAAAGAGCAAAUUAAAAUUGGGGUUCUAGGUUUGAGAACGGAUGAUUGUUUCCGUGUUAAAUUGAUUCCAAGAACAA